AUGGCGCCCGUCGCCCAAAGUGAUAUUGACGCGGAGAGUCGUACUUCGGGCCAGGACUCUCCCCUGCGCCGACAAUUCUCCGAACCAUUGCAUGCACCGUCAACAUCAACACCAACCGCCCAGUCCCCCGCGCCUGUCGCGUCUAAGGACAAAUGUCCGGACUGUAGUGAAUUUUUUGAGACAUCAAAUGAAGGCAAUGGCCUCAAAGAGCACAUUGCUACUGUGCACCCGCAAAUCGCUAGGACAUCGGAAGCUCAUGAUGAUACGGCCGAUGAAGAAAUGGCAGAUGCAGACGAAAAUGUUGCUGAACCGGUUGAUGAGGAUGACGAUGAGCAGCAGCAAGAUUUUGACGAAGAUGACGAUGCCCAUGGCGACGAAGCAAUUGAAGUAGACGACGCCAUGGUCGAAGAUCUCAACGAGCCCAGCGAAGAGGCCGGUGGAGAUGUUGACGGGGACGACCACGGCCCUGUCCCGGAGAUCGCGACCGCGACCGGCUCUGAGGUAGAUUUUGGGGCAGAAGAAAAUAUCCCCCGAGGCCAACAAGAAUUUCUGUCAGCAGAAAUGCGUCUUUUAAAUCGCUGGGAUAUCAAUGAUGCUCGCAGCUUUUCCCGAAACUAUGAUGACAACACAACCGAAUUGGAGCAGGACUGGGACUAUGCGUUCAAAGAGGCCAAACCUUCCAAGAAGCGCAAUUCAUUGCAAUUACCAGAACGCCCGGACCCGUACAAGAAAGCGCAGGUUGAUCGAGGUAAAUUUCUUGAACUCACCCCGAUUGAGGAGUUCCUGGUCGACCUGCGUGACCCGGAAACGCGCUCGCCGGAGGAGCUCUAUGCCAUCACCGCAAACGUUGCGCGUGUUCUUGCGACAUGGCAAGACGAGUACUUUGCUGUGGACCAACUAUACAAACUGUCUACAGGACAGUACGAGAAAUUGGCUCCUGAUCCGCGGAAGAAGGUCGAGGACCCCGUUGUCACGGCUGCUAAAAAAGAGGCAACACUCUACCAAUACAAGUAUGAUGCCAGCAAACACAAGAAAGGCUUGGACCAGGAUCCCUGGAUUCAAGGUGGCUUCCGGCCAACCCCGACUCAGGCGCGGAAGGCCAUGAAGACCGCCAAGUUCGAGCCAGGCACCACACCAAACAUCGAUGGAUGGCGUACUCUUCGCAAGUUCAGCACUGAAUACGUUCCCAAGUACCAGGAUCCGCCUCCAGAAGAUAUACCUUCUAAGGCCACACGGACACGCAAGGCACAAGAAAUGGAAGCGGCCGCGGCCGCUGAUGAAGCAGCCCGUCAAGCUGCCGCUGAGGAAGAAGAGGAGCAACUACAACUAGCGACAAAACGGCAGACACGCAGGGGCCGUGCUGCAAUGGACGACCAGGAAUACUCAACGCCCACUUCCACAAGGGGCGCUGGUCGUGGUCGUGGACAACGCGGACAAGGCCGUGGACGUGGACGUGGCCGGGGUGGUGUGAGCACGGUCUCUGGAGCAUCUUCUGAAACCCCUACUCCCGACGGUCAAGCGCCUACUCGUGGUAGAGGCAGAGGUAAAGGGCGGGCGCCCACCACGCCCAUCGGGACACCGCAGCAAGGAUCGCCUACUGCCACUCCAGUACCUUAUUCUCGCCCGACAUCUGUCGCUCCUGGCCCGUCACAGCCGGCAUUUAUCGAACCUAUGCCGAAUGGUGGUUUUGUGACCAUGCAACCUCCUCAUCCCUUCACAACACCAGAGCUACCAGAUGAACUAGAUCCUGCUGAGAUGGAGCGGCGCGACAGAGCUCGAGCCGAGAAAAUCGCCAACUCCAAAAACCCCAGACGCACGGAAGCCAUGCUUAACCACUGGGCCCGAUUUAACCAAGCAGGCCGUAUCCGGCAACCCAAGCGGUCCAAGGACGAGAUCGAAGCUGACCGAGUGGCAUCAGCGGUCAAGAAAGCAGACCAACCCCCAAAGAUUGGAGGCAGGAAGAAGAAGUCACCACCAGUUCCUGGUGUCAAUCCUCCAAUGACCAACCCGGGUAUUGCUCCCGCACCGGCACCGUUGCCACCCCCAGGCCCAGCUCCAGCUCCCGCCGGUCAUCCCCUCGGUCCUGGCGGCCCUCUCGCCCCUCAUCCUCCUCGCUACACAACCCCAUAUUCGCCGUUUGGGCAUAUCGACCCUCGAGGGAUAGCUCAUUUCCCAUCCGGUCCUUUCCAGCCACCACCGCCGCAACCACAAUAUCAGACUCCUUAUCCGCCGGAUAGGUUUUUCAUUCCGUUUGGGAAUGGGCCGGGCGCUGGGUUACCGCCGCCGGGACACGGGCAUGCGAGACGGCCUGCGUGA